AUGGCGCCCUCGGCAGAUAACCACGGCCGGUCGCAUAGUCUUUUGCUCUUUCAAAAACUGCUCAACUUGAGAGACAGCGCGAGUCCCUUGACACUUGUUCUGGACAGUCUCGAGCAGGGCGCCGCACCUGUUUUGCGCGAGUUCGUCUCCAGAGCUAAAAUUGCGAAAGCAAAAGUCGUGCUCCUUUCGUUUGCAACCCUCAAACGACCACGAGAUGUCGAUGUCGUCGUCAAAGGCCGUGGUAAGAAUCUGAAAGCUCUCAGAGCAGAGAUCUUGUCACAUUAUCCCAAGCCAGCUGCGGCAGCAACCAAGGGGGCACCUCCAUCACAAAAAACAGUCAUAUUGGUUGACUCACUCAACGACCUCGCCACGGCAGCGCCGCAAUUUGUUCCGACGUUCCUCUCUAGUAUCAUUAUGCCUUCAGUGUCCCUGGUCGCCGUCUACCACACCGACGUGCCCCUCGCCCUCCCGCGGACUGUGAGCGAGUAUGAGCCUCACCCGCUAACCAUCCUCACGCACCUUGCCACUUCCAUCCUCCGGCUUUCUAGUCUGCGUCAGGAAAUUGAGCGCCAAAGAGCGAGAAACAGGAGUUUGCAGGAGCCGGAGUGGGGACUAGGUGAGGAGAGAGAGGGUGUGUUGAUCGGCCUUAAGGGCGAGACCAAGUCUGAGGAUUAUCGUGGUGUUGUGGUAGAAAUGGAGGUUAGAAGAAGGAGUGGACGAGCCAUGGCGGAAAAGUUCGUCCUGUUGCCUCUGGCAGGCUCCUCCGCUAGCCUCGGGAAGACGUCGAAGGUGUUUCUCCUCUCGGAGCACCCUGUGUUUGCCACCCCUGGGGGCUCCGGUGAGGCGAAUGCCGGUGCUGGGGAGGACGAAGAGCCUGAGAGCACAUUCAAUUUGGGUCUCACAGAGAAGCAAAGGCGAGAUAGAGAGGGUAUUGUGCUGCCUUACUUUGAUGCGCAGACAGACAUAGGAGCUGGAGAAGGUGGCAGAAUUCUCUAUGAGAUGGGCAGGGAGGAUGACUUUGAUGACGAGGAGGAUGAGAUUUAG